AUGGAAGUAGAAGCUACAGCGACCCCUUCGCAUGUGCUCCCAUCUGCCUCCCAGAUCUCGGAGGCAUUGCUGGGCCUACACAGAGAGCUUCCCUCCACAGGACUCGGCCUGCAUGCUGCCAAACAACAUUUGACACAAGACGUGGCUCCUGCGCUCAAUGCGAACAGCCAAUCUUCCCGCUACUAUGGCUUUGUGACUGGAGGCGCAACUCCUGCUGCCGUCUUCGCCGACAACAUGGUCACCGAAUAUGAUCAGAACGUUCAAGUACAUCUACCCAACGAGACCGUAGCUACAGAUGUCGAGGCUGCUGCCUUGGACAUGGUGUGCGAUUUAGUCGACCUAAAUCCUAAACAAUGGAACCACAGGUUAUUUACUACAGGUGCUACCGCAAGCAAUAUUCUUGGCCUUGCUUGUGCUCGCGAGCAUAUUAUCAAGACUGCGGCAGCUCGCAGUGGAGUCAUCGCAGAUGUCUCAUCACAAGGUCUUUUUGCUGCCAUGCAAGCUGCCGGCAUAAAUAACAUCCAAAUCCUGACUACCAUGCCUCACAGCUCGCUCAGGAAAGCGGCGUCAGUACUUGGACUCGGACAUGCUAGUGUGAAAGACGUGGGCAACCAUGCAGAUCUCUCACCUCAUCGAUUCGACCUUGAAGCUCUGGAGCUAGCACUACAGAAGAGCCCAAACACCGCUUCAAUCAUCUCAAUAUCGUGCUCUGAAGUCAACAGCGGCCUGUUCGCAACCGAUGCAGAUGAUAUGCUUGUCCUGCGUAAACUGGCUGAUCAGUAUGGUGCCUGGCUACACGUGGACGCAGCAUUUGGUCUACUAGCUCGAAUCCUUCCAACCAAACCAGAGUACGAGCUUCUGAAGCGUGGCGUGAGUGACCUCGACCUUGCAGACUCAAUAGCUGCAGACGCACACAAGCUUUUCAACGUACCCUACGAUUGUGGCAUCUUCCUGUCACGUCAUCUGGAUCUUGCCACGGCUGUGUUUCAGAACCCGGGUGCACCGUAUCUCAGUUCUGCUGAUGGCAGUGUACCUUCGCCACUCAACAUCGGCAUUGAGAACUCGAGAAGAUUUCGAGCAUUACCUGUGUACGCGAAUUUGGUCGCCUAUGGUCGGGAAGGAUUUGUCAAUAUGCUUGAACGCCAGAUUGGACUUGCUCGUAAAAUUGCUGCCUACAUGCAUGCAAGCGAUGCUUACCAGCUUCUUCCCCCAUCAACCCAGCAAGGUGAUCAUACAUACUCAAGUAUCUUCAUCAUUGUCUUGUUCAAGGCAGUCAAUCCAGACCUGAACGCAACAUUGGUACGAAAGAUCAACACCACGAGAAAGAUUUAUGUUUCAGGCACAAGUUGGCAAUCAGAGCCAGCAUGCAGAUUCGCCAUCUCGAAUUGGCAGUCCAGCGUCGAGAAGGAUUGGGAUGUCAUCAAAGAAGUUCUGGACGAUGUAGCUGCUGGUAGUGAUGCUUGA